CUCUGCAUUCACGUUGGGGUGCAGUACGUACCAGCUUGAACCUAUAAACAAACAACACCCUUCGGAAAUGCAAACAACAAAGUUCUUGAUAUAUAAGCGAAGACAGAGGCGAGUGUCAACUAAAUACUUUGUGUUGGAGUCAGCGUAGCAAUGCCGGUUUUUAGUCUCUUCACGAAUGUGGCAGCUAGGGACAUCCCGGAGGGGUUUCUGUUGGAAACCUCAAAAAUCAUCACCAAAGCUAUUCGGAAACCGGAACAAUAUAUUACGGUCAGGAUUCAUCCAGGCCAGAUGAUGAGCCACGGGGGUACGACUGACCCAUGUGCCAACUCCGAGCUUCGGAGUAUCCGAAACAUGGGGCCGGAAGAAAACGCUCAGAUGUCCAAACAAAUUUCAGAAUUCCUGAAAAGCAAACUUGGAAUUGACAAUACAAGGAACUACAUCAAAUUCACCGACCUGUCGCCCCAUGAGGUUGGGUAUGAGGGGACCACGUUUGGAGAGCUGGUGAAAGACCCGAAAUGGGCGACCCUACUGGCGCAGUGACAUUCAAAGACACCAAACACUUCAUGACUAUACGUGUAGCAGCGGUGAAGAGUUUGAAAUCACUCUCAAGCUCAUGAUUAAAUUGUUCUCCUGCAGCAGCAUUUGAGUGAUGAGUUAAUGUAAUAAUGUAACAGUAAAACACCUACCGGUAAAUAUAAUCUGUCAACUUUGGGACUGCAUUUUGGCAAAUAUCUUUUUUGUUAUUCGUUUCAAUGUAAAAGUGUUUACAUGUACCUUCAUGUUUCUCUGUGACUUAACAUGAAGCUAUUUUUAAUGCUACGGUGAUCCCCUAUUAAACUCUUUAUAUAACUAUCA